GCAAUUGCGGCAGCGUCGCGGCCUACAUUUUCGGCAGGGCGUCCGACCACUUCAGCCAGUGCUUCUCGCAGAAUCUUUACGUGUACGCCGCAUGGGACAAGGGCGAGGUUCCCUUGAAGGUCUUGGCUGCCCAUUCGGGCCGCGGCGCCCCAGAGCACAUCUUCGCGGACAUCAUGGAUCGGGUGCCACAGGAUAGCCGCGAGAUGCUCGAAGCUCUGGUUGCUGAGAGACUCUCUUCAUUCAAGAAGCUGAAGGACGACCUGAAGGGUACUCAGCAGCAUCCACCGACGCUUUCUCAGAAGGAGUUCGAGGACAUCAAGACAUCGAUGGCUGGUGAGUUCGUGAAGGAGCUGAAUGAAAUAUUGAGCCAGAUCAGUUUCCUCGACUCGGCCUUUUGCGUGAAGCACAAUCGCAGGUGCAAGAUCUCGCCAAGAUCUGAUCCGCGCUUCAAGACUUGCAGGUGGUUGGAGUGCGCCGGGGUCACAUGCAAUCCAUGGUGCGCGAUUGGGAGUCAUAACAACUUCUUGGAUGAGUCCACGCUCCCGGCGCUGACCUGGGCGCACAGCGCGCGAUUCUACGAGCCCGACGACGUCAUCAUGGAGAACGCCCCGAGUUUCAAGGUGGAGCCCUUCCAGGAGAUUUUGAAUGCAAGCGAGGUCGAUUCGCCGCCAGAUUGGGAACCGACGAUGGCCUCGCCCAAAGACCCGUUGAGCCGGCCGUUGCUUUGGCAUGAAGGUGAGGGGACUCGAUUGUAUUGUCUGUUCCAGCACCGCUUCAGCCCAGUGGACCUCGGAUUCCCCACCAGCCGCAAGCGCGUCUACGCGUGGUUCCACUUGGCCGGCACGAUCCACACCCUGAGCGAGGACACCAUGAAUCACGUAUUCGAGGAGAUGUUCUUCAGGAAUUGCGUCACCGACGCCAGGGUGUUCAUGGCUGCCUCCUCCGAUGACGCCACUUUCAGAUCGCACGUCAUGGGGUGGGCUCAGAAGCGGCAGGCGUGGAGGAUCUUCGACCUCACCGAGGAGUCGCAGGCGGCCACCGACGUGGGCGACUCGCACCCACGGGAGGCAGCUCCGCCGUCCUCCGCCGCGUCUAGCUCUGGGGCUGGCGGCGCUGGGGAGGGGCGCGUCCUCUUGCCGGUGAGCCAGUCCCACCUUGACCUCGGCCCGUUCGGCGACGCGGUGAUGAAGGUGAGGUUGCACCAGAAUUUAGAGCGCGCGGACUGCGAGCGCUGCUUGGAGGCGAAGGUUCCCAUCCAGAUCGUGAACUUAUUUCAGAAUGACCUUUUUUUCGGCGUAUCCAAGUAUGCGCCGUCGCUUCUCCAGAGGUCGAUGUUGUUCGACAUCAUCUCGAUGAAGGAGAUCCUGCCGAUCGAACACCUCCUCAUUCAAGGCUUCCCAGUGCCGCAGUAUGUCGCGAAUGACGCCGGCCAGUUUUUCCCGUUCAAGUCCAUCGUCAUGGCGGAGUACCCCCCCGUCAGUGAGGACGUCUUGCAGUGUGCGGAGCUGCGCUCCAUCUGCGGGGUCGGCUUCUCCUGGCCCGCCAUCGGCGCUGUCCUCAUGAUGGUCCUCGCCACUUCCCACUCGAUCCUGAGGACGUCGGCGACGGAUUCGGAGCCCGUGUCUCCAGCCUGA